AUGAACUCGCUUUUGCUCUUACUGUGGACUGUUGUCACCGCGGUGUUCGCCCAAAGCACCAACAGCGGGUACUUACCCGGCUGUGACCCGGUCAGUUUGAACCCUUCUCUAGUGCUUAGGGAAGGUUUUGAUAUCACGUAUUAUAACUAUCCUUGGAGAUCUUACAACUAUCAGAUCAAUCGUGGUGUACCUGACAGAGUCACUUAUUUAACAAGUGAAUAUAUAAAUGGAGGUUAUGCCAACUAUGAGCGUUUGGGAAGUUCCACUGGUGUGACCAAUUUGACUUUUCGCUAUACUUUUGGUGAAGGAAGAGGUAGAGAAAUUGUACAGGGCACUUUGCCGGAUAACUACCACUUACCUCAGACUAUCAAUAUAUCUAAUUUUGCGUAUUUGGCAACUGGUUAUUUUAGGGCGGAUCAAGAUGGUGUUUACAACUUUACUUUGGACUUCGUGGACGACUUCGCUGUUGCUUCAUUUGGUAGCGGGAGAGCUUUCACUUGUUGUAAUGAACAAAGAAGCUUAACAAAUCCUACAGAAUUCCAGUUGAAUGCAACUUGGUCUCGUAGUGCUCCUGAAGGUAGAUCUUCCGCACCUGUUCGGUUACAACGUGGAGUUUACUAUCCAGUAAGACUGUUUUACGUCAAUACCAAUAACUGGGGAGGUAUAUCUUUAACCUAUACCGAUCCAAGUGGUCAACACCAUGACGUCUUUGAGAACUCGGUUUUCCAAUUCAAUGAUCAAGAUGAAUCUUGUCCAGCGCAAAUAGCAACGACUACUGUUCCAUAUGAUGGGUCUGAGACGGUGACUGCUUAUACUACGCUUUCCACCUACACCAACUCGCUGAACGAGGAAACCACUGGGGAAGUUGUUGUUAUUAACACUCCAUAUGGACACUUAACAACCCACUACUACUGA